AUGUCUACUUCACUUCGAGAACGACGUAUCCUCUUAGAAUAUGAAGCCGAAAGGGAGCGCAUUCUUUUUGCUCUUACUGAAAUAGAUGAAAAAAUAAGGCUGGAGAAUGUCGAUCUUGCAGUUUCUUCAAGCAAAUACGAUGAAGAUAUAUCGGAAAAUGGAUCUAAUUCAAAGCCAGAUUUUGCUGAAGGCUUCGGUGGAGAUUUUGGUGGAUUUUCAGAUGGGGAUCCUGUAGAAGUAGACAAUAAUGGUCUUUCCAGUGAUAAUGUAGGUGGUGAUUCAGGAUCUCAGAAUCCUCAGCGAAAAAUUAAUAGGAAAAGAAAGAGAACUGCACCACCCUUAACCCGAGAAAGAAAUCUUCGUCACCAGGAACGGGUAAAUUACAAUGUGGGAUCCCCAUUAAGAAAGCAUCGCAGAAAUAAGCCUUUUCAACAACCGGCAUCAUCACCACCACCUGAAAGCUCUGGUAUCCCUUUCCUGGUACCAUCAUCACCACAAAUAUCCCUGCCACCGCUAUCACCUAGAGAUAUAAUUUGUAAUCAUGAAU